CCUUUGUGGUCCAAAGAGAAGAUCAAGCCAAUCGUCAUUCAGGAGGGCGUGUCCUUGGUGUUGCCAUGUCGACCUCCCGCUGGCUUUCCUCCCCCGAUUGUCUUCUGGAUGGACAACAACUUCCAGCGGUUGCCCCAAAGCAACAGGGUGUCCCAGUCGUUAAACGGAGACCUUUACUUCUCCAACGUGCUUCGCGAGGACUCCAGGAACGACUACAUCUGCUACGCCCGUUUCCCGCACACGCAGACCAUCCAGCAGAAGCAGCCCAUCGCCAUCAAGGUCCUCAACCUGGACGCGAUCAAUGAUACAAUGGAAGCUUUUUACAAUGACACUGAUUUAUUUAGUGGUGAGUUACGGCAAAUUACCACUCCCUGCCUUUCUCCCAGUGGUUUUUUUUUUUCCCCCUCCACUCGCCUUUAAUCGCAGCGGUACCUC